AUGAUUUUCCCUUCUCAUGAUAGUCAGGCUUUCACCUCUGUGGACAUGGAAGUGGGAAAUCACACCAUCCUGACUGAAUUCCUCUUGUUGGGUUUCUCAGCAGACCCCCAGUGGCAGCCAAUUCUAUCUGGAGUGUUUCUGAUGCUCUAUUUGAUAACCUUGUCAGGAAACAUGACCUUGGUUAUCUUAAUCCGAAUUGAUUCCCACUUACAUACGCCUAUGUACUUUUUCAUUGGCAAUCUGUCAUUUUUGGAUUUCUGGUAUACCUCUGUGUAUACCCCCAAAAUCCUGGCCAGUUGUGUCUCAGAAGAUAAGCGCAUUUCCUUGGCUGGAUGUGGGGCUCAGCUGUUUUUUUCCUGUGUUGUAGCCUACACUGAAUGCUAUCUCCUGGCAGCCAUGGCAUAUGACCGCCAUGCAGCAAUUUGUAACCCAUUGCUUUAUUCAGGUACCAUGUCCACUGCCCUCUGUACUGGGCUUGUUGCUGGCUCCUACAUAGGAGGAUUUUUGAACGCCAUAGCCCAUACUGCCAAUACAUUUCGCCUGCAUUUUUGUGGUAAAAAUAUCAUUGACCACUUUUUCUGUGAUGUACCACCAUUGGUAAAAAUAUCCUGUACAGACACCAGGGUCUACGAAAAAGUCCUGCUUGGUGUGAUGGGCUUCACAGUCCUCUCCAGCAUUCUUGCUAUCCUGAUUUCCUAUGUCAACAUCCUCCUGGCUAUCCUGAGAAUCCACUCAGCUUUAGGAAGACGCAAGGCGUUCUCCACCUGUGCUUCCCACCUCAUCUCAGUCAUGCUCUUCUAUGGAUCAUUGUUGUUUAUGUAUUCAAGUCCUAGUUCCACCUACUCCCUAGAGAGGGACAAAGUAGCUGCUCUGUUCUACACUGUGAUCAACCCACUGCUCAACCCUCUCAUCUAUAGCCUGAGAAACAAAGAUAUCAAAGAGGCCUUCAGGAAAGCAACACAGACUGUACGACCACAAACAUGA